AUGGCCCCAAGCCGAGGACCAAAUGCCAACAGAAGUCCAGCAGUGCCCCCUGAGCCUCACGACUGCCCCCUGACCCCCUCGCACCUUAAUGCUGCAGGCAGCCAGCAGUGGCAGUGGGACUACAAGCUCCACCUGAUGAAGAGCUUUGCCAGCAGACCUGAGCCAGAGGCAGCCGGCUACUUCCAGGACCUGCCAUCGGACAGCCCUGAACUUCAGGCCCUGUUCGGGGCCUUCUGGCCUGAUGAGUGCGGCUUCCGGCCGCGCACGGUGGUGCUGCAUGGUGACUCGGGCACAGGGCGCUGGGCACUGGCCCGCCGACUACUGCUGGGCUGGGUGCAGGGCGAGGCGCUCCAGGGCCUGUUCUCCUAUGUCUUCCUCCUGCCGGCUCGCGACCUGCGGGGCCUCUCCGAGAGCAGCUUCCUAGAGCUGGUGUCCCGGGUCUGGCCAUCUGCCCCUGCCGCUGCGCAGGACCUCGCAGCCCAGCCACACCAGCUGCUCUUGGUGCUGGAUGGCUUUGAUGACCUGGGCUGGACCCCAGAGGACGAGACGGGGCCCUUGUGCGACGACGCCUGGACGGCCCAGCAGCCCGUGAAGGUGCUGGUGCACAGUUUGCUGCGAAAGGUUCUGCUGCCCGAGGCCUCGCUGCUCAUCACCGCGUCAGAUGAGGCCUUGGGCCUGCUCCGGGCCCUGCUGGUGGCGCCCCGCUACCUGUGGCUGGGGAGCCUGUCCGUGGAACAGAGGCUGACCGUGCUCCUGAAGCACAGUUGCUCUGAGAGCGAGCGGGCGCAGGCUCUGCAGUGGGCCGCCAACUGCCAGCCACUGCUGGAGCUCUGCCGGGUGCCGGCCCUCAACUACCUCCUGCAGGCGGCUCUCCAGGUCGGGCCGGCUGCCUUCAGCAGCACCGUCACGGGGCUGUUUGCCACCUGGGUGUCCCGGCAGCUCAUGCAGCAGUCGCAGCCGCCGCAGCCACAGCAGUCGCCGCAGCCACCGCAGCCACAGCCACCGCAGCCACCGCAGUCGCCGCAGCCACCGCAGUCACCGCAGCCACAGCAGCCACAGCCACCGCAGUCACCGCAGCCACCGCAGUCACCGCAGCCACCACAGUCACCGCAGCCACAGCCACCGCAGCCGCAGCAGCCACAGCAGCCGCAGUCACCGCAGCCGCAGUCACCGCAGCCGCAGUCACCGCAGCCACAGCCACCGCAGCCGCAGUCACCGCAGCCACAGCCACCGCAGCCACAGCCACCGCAGCAGCAGCAUCCAGGCACGCUGAGCCCAGAGACGAGGGCCAUGGUGCGCUCCCUGUGCCGGCUGGCCCUCGAGGGCGUGCGGCGCGGGAAGACCACCUUCUCAGGGGAGGACCUGUACGACCAUGAGCUCUGGGUGCCGCAGCUGCCCACGCUGGCCCGCACCCACUUCCUGAUCCCGCACCAGUACUGGGCCAACCACUACACCUUUCUGCACCCCAGCCUGCAGGACUUCUUUGCCGCCCUUUCCUACGCGCUGCCGGAGCGCGUGGCCCGGCCCGCUUUUCCCGAGUCGGGCAGCCUGUUGCCUGGCAUGCCCGGCGGGCUCCACCUGCUGCGUCUCGACCGGUUCCUGUGCGGCCUCCUGAGCCCGCAGGUGGCAGGGAGUCUGCGGAACCUGCUGGGGUGCACGGUGCCCCCUGAAACCCGGCAGGCCCUGCUGCGCCGGCUGUCCUGGCUGGGCAGAGCCCCGGCCCACCAGGACCUGCUCCACACCUUCUACUGCCUGUUUGAGACGCAGGACGCGGCAGUGGUGGGCGAGGUGUGCGCAGGGCUGCGGGAUGUCAGCCUGUUCCUGGGCCGCCACAUGGAUCUGGUGGUCAGUGCCUUCUGCCUGCCUGCCUGCGGCCAACUGCGCUCGCUCCGGCUGCAGAUCCAAGGGCUCUUUCUGCAGAACCCAUGCCCUGAGGCACAGCCUGCGGUGCCCCCCAGGCUACGGUGUCAGAGCCUGUUGAAGGAGAGUUGGCAACAGUUGUGCUCCGUGCUCAGUGCUCAUGCCAGCCUGCGACGGCUAGACCUAGCUGGCAUCAUCCUGAGCGAGUGGGCCCUGAAGAGACUGUGUGAGGAGCUCCAGAAACCCACCUGCGGCAUCCGGCAGCUGAUCUUCACAGAGGUGCACCUGGGCCCCAGCCUGACCCACCUCUGGCGGGUCCUGAUCACCAGCCCCCGACUUCGUCUUCUGGGCCUAGACAGCCUGGCCCUGCAGCCCGAAGAUGUGACCAUUGCCUGCGCAGUUCUGCAGCAUCCCUCCUGCAAGCUCAGCUCAAUCCGGCUGGAUAGCUGCGGGUUAACCGACUUUGAGUUCUUCACCAUCUCCCGAGUCCUGACCUCAGCCAACUACUUGCAAAGCCUCAGCCUGUCCAGGAACAAGGUGUCAGGCACUGCAAUCGAGGCACUGUGUGACGGCCUACUGGCACCGACCUGUGUGCUGCAGAGACUCAUCUUGCGAAACUGCAAUCUGGAGCCGGUCGCCUGCCAGUACCUGGCCAUGGUCCUCACAGGCACCCACAGUCUGACUCACCUGGACCUGUCCCACAACUGCCUGGGUGUCCGGGGUAUGAGGCUUCUGUACCAUACCCUCAGCCCAGUGUCACCCGAAAGCAGUCUCCGGAGGCUGCUCCUGAACUGGUGUGACCUAGACGAGGCAGCCUGUGGCUUCCUGACCUGCGUGCUCAGGUUCUGCUCGUCCCUGACGCACCUAAGCCUGAGUGCCAACCCUCUGGGUGAUGGCAGUGUCUACCUCCUGUGCCAGGCCCUGGAGAACCCCAUGUGCCACCUGCAGGAGCUAGAGCUGGUCCAGUGCCAGCUCACAGCCGCCUGCUGCGGGAACCUGUCAGCGGUGAUCGGCAGCAGCAGCAGCAGCCUGAGCAGCCUCGAUCUGUCACACAACACUCUGGGUGAUGAGGGGCUGGCAGUACUGUGUGAGGGGCUGCAGCAAAGCACCACCUCGCUCACGCGGCUCAGGCUGGAAGUGUGUGGCCUGACUGGGGCCAGCGCCCAUGCACUGUCCACUGCCCUCCCGCACAACCGCAGCCUGCUCAGCCUCAACCUGACCGGGAACAGCUUUGACUUCCCGGCCACAAUGCUGCUGUGUGGGGCCAUCGCAAACCCACACUGUGCCCUGCGCAGCCUCUGGAUGGGGCUGGGGCAGCUUCCGACUUCAGUGCAGCAGUUGCUGGCAGAGCUGCAGCAGUUGAAGCCAUCGGUGUCCGUGGACAGUGGCUGGGAGGAGGAAUUCGAGGAAGACCGGCUGUGGUGGCAGCACUGA